GAUAGACUGAUCUACUAACCACCACAGCGCAGCACAACAGCCAACAUGUCCUCGACGUCGCUGACCCGGACGAGCUCCUCACCGCUCGCCAACAACUCCAACAACAACACGAUCACAAGAACGAGCUCCUCGAAUCUCCCAACGCUGAACAUUACGCCCUCGAAGUCCCAGUCCGCAACUCCACAGAACUCCACUCCAGUACAUACACCGAAUGGCACUGGUCGAUGGCUUCAUCCGCGCAUGGACGAGGUUGUUAGAAGGCGCAAUGCGACCAACUUUGACCGCAGCAACAUGACUGCCAUCACAAUCAGCGCUGUCGUUGUCGUCCUCUCAUUCUUCGUUCUGCCCACACUGAGCUACUGUAUCCCACAUCAAUGGCUCCGUGCGCUCCACCCAUAUCCAUCCUACAUCCUCUGGGCCAUCCGCCUCGUCUUCUUCGCCAACGCCUUCUUCGCCAUCCUCCCAGCUGUCCGCACAGCCGACGCAUGCGAAGACAUACCUCUCUCUCCGAAACAGCGUAGUCUUCUCGGUCUCCCGCCUAUGUCUCGUCCAGCCACGCCGCAAGAAAAGGAGCAGUAUGUCACGCCGCCGCGAUUCGCACGAUCGAGUACGCCGAGAAGCGCAGGGAACACAGAUAUGCGGGCUGAGGGCUCGGACUCACCGCUGAGUGGGCGCGGCACGCCUCUGAACAACAGUGGGAUUGGAGGAUCGGUACGAGCGCCGGGCUCAGGAUCGCCGUACAACUCGGGUCUAU